CCCCGGUGGGUGGGUACCGGGUGCUCCUGCUGUGUGGCCCUGGUGGCGCCCACAGCGCCGGCCUCCUGCCUCCUGUCCCCGCGCUCUGAGUGCGCCGCGGGACGGCGGGGUCGGGUCAGGCCGAGGUCGCAGGUCCGCUGCGGGGCGUAGGUGGGGAAGUCGCGGCAGGCCGUCCCACCCUCGUUUCGAGGUGUCAGCUGUGAGUCACCCCCACGGAGGGGACACAGAGGGCCCAGUGUCCGUUCCUCCACUGUGGUCGUCUGCUCUCCCCGUCAGAAAGACAGAAAGAGCCCAAAGUUAAGAAAUGGACCAGCUGCGGACGCCGCACAGGACCGUGCCGUUUACAGCAGGACUUGCGCCCUAAGUUUGGCCGCUGACAUUGACCUCUGUGGGGCGCGGGGUCGGCUUCCACGUUCACUGGGUCAAGCAAGCGCUUUUCCCGGAAGGCGUAUUGAUUGUUUCAGCUAACAUCACAGCCUCAGCCGUAUCCUCAGGAUGUCCCCGUAGAGGUGCCAUCGCCACCGUCGCUGGUGUUUCCAUCGCCGUUUCCCACGGCCGGGGCGCUCAGAUCCCAGGGCUCAGGUCCCCUCGAGUGCCUGACGUGAACGUGACGUUUUUAUGGCCGUGAGAAGAGGAAGGGCAACCCUUAGCUAAACCGUUUUCUUUCUUCCUUUCUCCUUUUCCUUUCCUUUCCUUUAUUUUUCUUUUAUUUUUCUUCUUUUGUCUAAACAGGCCGCUUGUGCACCGCUUUCUCUCCCAGCCCUGUGACUGGUCCGUCUUCACCCCUCCUCGGAAGGCCAUGCCUUUCCCACCUUGCGGGGUCCCUUGGUCUUGGGCAUGUGCUCAGUAGCAAUUUGUCUAAGAUAUUUUUUAAUUUAAAGCCGCCUUUCUGCCACUCAGAAGUACGAGCGCGUUCAUGCGGGGCCCUGAGGGGAGGCUGGGGUCGCGGCCGGCGAGGACGGUGCGCCCUCCGUCCCACCCUGGCGCCGGGGGACAGCAGCGCCUCCAUGGGGAGGCUGGGCGGGGCCCCGCCCGCCAGGUGCACGUGGGUGGAGCUUGCUUUGGAAGCCUGGGGGUCACUGGCAACCUGCAGCAGCAGCCCUGCCCUUUGUCACCUUCCCGACCGCUACCUACUACCCCCGACGCCUAGUUAGGUGAAAGGGCGGAGUGUGCAGAGUGCGCCCCCAUCGCGGAAGGAGCCGAGAGCGCGGAGGCCAGGCAGACAGUCCGGCUUGUGGGUUCAAAGGCUGGGAAAGGAGCCAGGACAGAAAGCCAGUCUUGGGCGGCGGCGGGACGGUCCGGUCUCCCGCUUCCACCCCCAGACCACGUAUCUUCAGAGCUAAAGCCGUGGGUCUGCGGGCUGGGAAAGGGUUGUGGGCAGUCGGAGGGGCGGGGGCCGCGAGGUCUGCGUCGGAGCGGCUAGGAGACCGAUGACGUCACAGAGCCCGCUCCAGAGGCAGAACUAGUGAGGCUCGGGAAACUAGCUCUGAGCUCUAGUUCAUUCCAGGACCCCCGACAGGAGCCAAGGGCCCCGGGGCACUCGGGAGUCAAGGUGACAGAUUCGCGUCAAGGUCUUUCUAGACGCAGUGUGAGGAAGACAGAAGAACACCCUGGACUGGCAAAGCCACCUGCUGAGCCCUGCUGCCACCAUGCCCAAGAGAAAGGCCAAAGGAGAUGCUAAAGGUGACAAAGUGAAGGUGAAACGUGAGCCACAGAGGAGAUCAGCACGGUUGUCUGCAAAACCUGCCCCUCCAAAACCAGAGCCUAAGCCUAGAAAGGCCCCUGCAAAGAAGGGGGAGAAGCUGCCCAAAGGAAGAAAGGGGAAAGCAGACGGUGGCAAGGAUGGGAAGGACCCUGCGAAAAGCCGAGCUGACGCCACAGCCCAGCCACAGAAAGCCGAAGGUGCCGGGGAUGCCAAGUGAAGUCGACCUUCGUGACAGCUCUGUACUUUGAGUGACUACUGUUUGAAAUACUAUUUUUAAAUCAAAUUUUAUGAAAAUGUAGGAUUUUUUCAAGUAAUGUUAGCACACAGGACACUUUGCUUUUGUCUUUUGUGGAAAGCGCAAAUGGCCACUAAUAGAAUGUCUCAGAAGCUGGAGUGAAAUGGGGGACCUAGGAUUUCCUGACCUUGGUUUUGAAGAUUACUCUUGGUUUCAUCCACAUGUUAGCCACUUUGGCUGAGAAGCUUUACAAUAUGGGGAAGCAAAACUCAUGUCAUCUCCUUUUCCUGCUGCCAUCAGCAUAUCCCUGACUUCCUGAAACCAAGAGUCAUGAUGUAGCCUUGGCACCCCUAAAAUCAGCUGCGUUGGGUAACAAUACUCAGGCUUUCUGGUGGUGGCAUCGAGAUGAUGUUGCUCAAAAGAGCCAAGAUUUCUGUUUGUGGUUGGUGGAUCCUCCCAUUGAGAAUCCUGUAGUUUUUAGUUUGUUUCCUCCACAUCAGUGAAAAGCUCUUACACGCCUCAUGUAAAAUGUCUACCACUUCUGAAAAAUUUUCCUAUUUAAUGCAGCAACAGAAGACUGUUGACUUUUUGAGAAGAGUUUAGAAGUUGUAAAAUGUUAUGGAUUGUUUCCCAUAUCCUGCUGAAAGUAACUAUUUUUAAAAAUAUCUUAUAAAGCUGGAUACAAAUUGGUAGUGGGGGAUCAUUUCCUACACAAACUCCUAAAGCUACUUUUUACUGCCUUGUAAAAGUUGUAUAGUUUUACUUUCACAUUUACUUUUAGUCUCCUCUGAACUGAUUUUUGUGAAAAGUAUGACAUAGAAGUUCAAUAUAAUAUAUUUUUUUUCUACAUGGAUACGUGGUUAUCCCAGCACUAUUUUCUGAAAAGUUCAUCCUUUCCUCACUGGUCAAGUCUCUCUCUCUCUCUCUCUCUCUCUCUCUCUCUCUCUCUCUCUCUCUCUGUGUUGAUGGUAUUUCUAUUCUGACUCACUGGUCAAUUUGUCUAACCUUGUGGCAGUGCUAUACAAUCCUGAGUACUACAACUUUAGAAAAUGGUCUUGAUAUCUCAAGACAAAUCCAACCACCACCUCCAACACCUCCACCAAAUUUCUCUUUCUUGGGAGUGUCUUGGUUGUUCUUAGCCAUUUGCUCUUCCAUUUAACUUCUAGAAUUAGACUGACAAGUUCUAAGUCAAACAAAUCAAAAAGUGUUGGAAUUUUUAUUGGAUUUAUAUUGAAUUUGUAAAUUACAAUGUUGAGUCUUUCAAUCCAUGGACAUGGUAUAACUCCCAUUUAUUUAGGAUUUUUAAAUGUCUUUUAAUAAAGUUUUAUAAUUUUCUC